UCCGGGCCUGGAGCUGAGACUGUGCGCAGACGACGAGGGUGACCUGAGCAAGCGAGCGGACCCCAGGCAUGUCCCUGCUGUGAGCCGCGUAGAUAAGACGAUGGGACGGCGCCGGGCGCCCGAGCUGUAUCGGGCGCCGUUCCCGCUGUACGCGCUGCGGGUCGAGCCCAGCACCGGCCUCCUUAUUACUGCGGGCGGGGGCGGCGCCGCCAAGACCGGCAUCAAGAAUGGAGUGCACUUUUUGCAACUGGAACGGAUUGGUGGGGCUUUGAGUGCCUCUUUGCUGCAUUCCCAUGACACAGAGACUAAGGCUACCAUGAACCUUGCCCUUGCAGGCAAUAUUCUUGCUGCAGGGCAGGAUGCUAGCUGUCAACUCCUUCAGUUCAAUCCCCAAGAUCAGGAGACCAGUGACAAGCAAGACAAUACAGGUUCUCAGGAGGAAGGCCUACGACAAAGGAAGGGGACAGUAACCACCACUGAAACCCAAGAAAGUGGGGCAUCAACUCAGCAGGAGGGGGUGGAAUUGAAUGUGGAGAACUUGCAGUCUGUGCAGACAGACUUUGGCUCUGACCCACUGCAGAAGACUGUGUGCUUUAACCAUGACAGUACCUUGCUUGCCACUGGGGGCACUGAUGGCUUUGUUCGGGUUUGGCAGGUGCCUAGCCUUGAGAAGGUUCUGGAGUUUAAAGCUCAUGAGGGGGAGAUUGAAGACUUGGCUUUGGGCCCUGGUGACAAGAUGGUGACAACAGGCUGGGAUUUUAAAGCCUGUGUUUGGCAAAGAGAUCAGCUGGUGACAGGGUUGCGUUGGGAUGAAAACUUGCCUCCUUUACCGGACACACCUUACCGUUAUCAAGCUUGCAGGUUUGGGUGGGUGCCAGACCAGCCUGCUGGGCUGCGGCUCUUCACAGUGCAGAUUCCCCACAAGCGCCUGCGCCGGCCACCACCCUGCUACCUUACAGCCUGGGAUGGCCAUAAUUUCCUGCCCCUUCGGACCCAGCCUUGCGGUAACGAAGUCAUUUCCUGCCUCAGUGUCAGUGAAUCGGGCACCUUCUUAGGCCUAGGCACUGUCACUGGCUCUGUUGCCAUCUACAUCUCUUUUUCCCUUCAGCGCCUCUACUAUCUUCGAGAGGCUCAUGGCAUUGUAGUGACAGAUGUGGUCUUCAUGCCAGAGCAAGGACGUGGCCGAGAGUUGUUGGGGUCUCAUGAAGCAGCAUUGUUCUCUGUGGCUGUGGACAGCCGAUGCCAACUGCAUCUAUUGCCCAUUCGGCGGAGUGUCCCUGUGUGGUUGUUGCUGCUGCUGUGUGCUGGGCUCAUCAUUUUGGCCAUCCUGCUGCUUCAGAGUGUCUUCCCAGGCUUUCUCUAGCCUUCCUUGUUUCCUGGGGGAUCAGGACCCUGGACACUGAAAA